CUACUGAAGGAAUACUUUAACAUUAACAUUAUUUAUAAACCAACACCUCUUUCCAAAUGUUUGCCUUUUAUAUAUGAGGACAUUAGCACCCUUUAUUGUAUUUUCCUUUUGUGUGUUAGUAAAGCAGUUUCUUUAAUUGUAAUGAUUAAUUGCUUACAAAAUUUUACUAUUGAUUACGACCCUUUUAAAGUUGGGACAGCUCUGUUCAAAGAGAACUAAAGUUCAAGAAAUUUCUGAAGAAAUAUUUAAUUUUUCAACAUUCAAUAUAGAUUGAAUGUUGAAAGUUUUACUGAUUAUUCUUAUUUUACAUUUUUAAAGGGGAUCCAAAGGUUUAAGAUGUUAUUCACCAUAAGCAAAUAUUUGAUUUCCUGCUACAUGUUCAGAUUCCUGGGUAGAGAUAGUACAAAUGAAAUUGGUGUUGAUCCCUAUUGCUGUUGUAGUAUCAUGCAGUAGCCAUGAUAGCAAGUUAGAGUACUGUGAUAUGGGACCAUUUGCUCUGCAUUGAUUUUUCCCCCUUUUUUUAGGAAUGAUAUUGCCAUACCUUUUCCUAAAUUUUUCCAACCUAAUGCUCAUUUGAGUAGCAUAUAGUAUUGCCUGUGUCAGUAUCGUGGGUUUACUACUCUUUUGAUGGAAUUGUGGCAGGAUUAGUAAAUAUGUAGGCCAUAAAUAUAUAUGAUGAACAAAUAUGUUGAAAAUUACUGUUUGCCAGUAAGCAGUUGUGCUUUUAAAACAUGGAGAUUUCUUUCACCUUUUACUUGAGUAAAUCUUUUGGUCAUUGGCCAUCUUGAAUCUUUUAUUUUUCCUGUUUUUUGCUUAAUGUAGUUCAUUCUGGGUUUCCGUUGGGGCAUUUAGUUUGGAGUCAAUUUCACAUAUUUAGGGAGCCUAACACGAAUGAAUAUAGUACUGAGGUAUCACUGAGUUCCAUUGUGAAAGGUAUUUUCAUGCUUAUUCAAACAUGUUAAGUCUUUUGAGUUUACUGAAUAACAUUCUGAUUGCCUGCAUCAUAUUAAAAUGCAUUUGUUGCCAUAGUAAUUAAGCAGUUUAAUGGAAUAUAAGCAAUAUUUGCCCAUUUUCCUGAAAAGUUGGGAAGAGUUAGGAAAAGCAGAUUGAUUUUAGGCAACUGAAGUUUAUGAAAUUAAAAUUGUGAACUAUGUGAACAUUUUGAUAAAUAAUUAUAUUUCUUAGUAUUUUAAGCCUCAUCCCAAUAUAGGUUUUCUGUAUCACUCAUGAAGGACGCAUAAAAAAGUACUUUGAAUACAUUUAUCUAUAGCAGGUAGGUGGCCAUCUUUAGAAUUAUUAUUUAGUUUUUAUAAAAAAUUAUUUCUGGGGAAUUUAAGUGGCUGCUAGAGCUAGGUAUAGUCAAUCACAGGAAGGGAAGGGACUAUGAACCAAGACAUACUCAACUUUUUUUAAUUCUGCAUACUGAAUGAAAAAAAAACACCCAACAAGGGUUUUAAAAAGGAGAAUUUCACUUAGGUAUUCUGUUCAUUGCCUUGGGGUUAUUUAAAAGUAUUUUGUUACUGAAAUACUGUUGAAAUUCACUUCACUGGCAUUGAUACUCUGCAGUAUUUACAUUUAUUAAAAUUUUGAGUUUUGAUAGCUAUAAGAUCUGGGAUAGGUCACCCGGCCUGGUUCAAUUGCUUCAGUUUAUAUACUGAGAGAAUUGAGAGAAUUGAGGCAAAACAAUUAUCUUAGGUCCCUUGCUGUGCCAUUCUAAGAUUAUAUAGUUAAAUUAAAUGGGGAAAUAAAGCCCUCUAGUGGUUCUGUCCUGCUUACACUAUUCGGUGCAUGUAGCAUUUCUAGAGUUUGAUUUUAAAUUCAUUGUUGAGAAGAAUCCAGUAAUAUUACAUGACAAAAGUAUGGGGGAAAAUGUGUUAGGGUUAUCUUAGUCUACCAAUAAAUGUAUGUUAGAUUGUAAUCCACUUAUGCAACCUGUUUUUUGAGUUACAACAAGGUGGUUCAGAAUAUUAGAAUUGCCUGGUACAAGAUGAAUGAAUCCAGGUUCUUGGCUGAUAUGUGCUGUGGUUAUGAUCAGAUAAUUACUUGUACAUAUUAAAGUAUAGGGUAAAUUAACUGAGGUGGAUUGUGAAGUAGAUCAUGCGAUACCUAUCCAUGCUAUGAAAUAUAUAACUAUUAAUAAAUUAGAUUUAUAGACCCGGAAUUUAGGGGAAAACAAGUUGCAGAAUGAUUUUAUAUAAAUAUAGCUCCCUAUUUUUGCUUUUAAGAAAGUGGGAGACACCUCAAAGCCUUUUAUAAAUAUGUUUGUAUAAGCAAAGGAAAGCAAAAAGGGUAUAAACCAAACAAUGCUACCUUUACGGGUGUGACAUUUGGAAGGAUGUGGAAGAUUACUUCUUUGUCUCUAUGAAAUUGUUAUGGAAAAAAACCAAAAAAGUAUCUGAAAUGGAAAUACUUUAAAGGAUCAACUGAAAACAGGGACUUUAAUCUCAAUGGUUUUAGGACUAAGCCUGGCUCUUAAUUUCAGAACUGAUUUCCAGCAGAGAACAGUUAAGUCAGCUCCUGCACUGAUUUUCUGAGUUUGUUUAUUGUUUAAAUGGGAUGUUUGAUAAUCUCUAGACAUAAGGCUGAUGCCCAAAUUGGUUAAAAUGUUUGGCCUGGUAUUUCUCUUUAUUUUGUUAAUAAGGUUUUCCCUUGCUCUGGGGAUUAAAAUCCUUUUCUCUUUAGCCCAAUCACAUUUGUUAAGGGAGGGCCUCUAUGAAAAGGCUAUUCUUUGAGACCUUGAAGUGGAAAUGAUUAGUUCUGAAAAUUCCUUCCUCAGUGGCAUUUACAGCAUUUUAUAAUUAUUGAAGGCUGACUCAUAUCUUCCCUCCAGAAUGCUAAAGAAUAAUUUAAGCAACAGUUCAGACUUUAAAAAUGAAGAUGGCUCUGUCUUUUCACAGACUGAACACAAUAUUGUUGCAACUUACUUGAUUAUGGCAGGUACGAUAAGUAUUCUCAGCAACAUAAUAGUUCUGGGCAUCUUCAUUACGUACAAGGAACUCCGGACACCCACAAAUGCAAUUAUCAUGAACCUGGCUGUUACUGACAUAGGGGUCAGUAGCAUUGGCUAUCCCAUGUCUGCUGCUUCAGAUCUGCAUGGAAGUUGGAAAUUUGGGUAUGCAGGAUGCCAGAUUUAUGCUGGAUUGAAUAUCUUCUUUGGAAUGGCAAGUAUUGGAUUACUCACAGUUGUGGCCAUGGAUCGAUACCUGACCAUUUGCCAUCCUGAUGCGGGAAGAAGAAUGACCACCCACACCUACAUCAGCAUGAUUCUGGGGGCCUGGAUCAAUGGCCUCUUUUGGGCUUUGAUGCCUAUCAUAGGGUGGGCUAGUUAUGCCCCAGACCCUACUGGGGCCACCUGUACCAUAAACUGGCGGAAAAAUGAUGUAUCUUUUGUAUCUUUCACGAUGACAGUUAUUGCGAUAAAUUUUAUUGUGCCCUUGACUGUGAUGUUUUACUGCUAUUACCAUGUCACUCGAUCCAUUAAAUGUCAUGCUACCAGUAACUGCACUGAGUACCUCAACAGAGAUUGGGCAGAUCAGGUAGAUGUAACAAAGAUGUCUGUGAUAAUGAUAUUCAUGUUCCUGGUGGCGUGGUCCCCUUAUUCGAUUGUGUGCUUAUGGGCUUCUUUUGGGGACCCAAAGAAGAUUCCCCCCUCCAUGGCUAUCAUUGCUCCACUGUUUGCAAAAUCUUCUACAUUCUACAACCCCUGUAUUUAUGUGGUUGCCAACAAAAAGUUUCGGAGGGCAAUGUUUGCCAUGUUCAAAUGUCAGACUCAUCAAACUAUGACCACGAUGAGCUUUUUACCAAUGGAUGUACCUCAAACCCAUUGACUUCUGGAAGAAUCUGAAAUAAAAGGAAAGCACAAGUUAUCAAUAUAUUUGUUUACUUUUUUUUGCAAUAUUUUAAUUUUACUUAAAAUAUGAAGCCAGUUAGAUCAAAUGCAGACAUAAAUUAUUAUCCUAAUAGACUGAAUUCCUUAAAUGUAGUUUAUAGUUCUGUUUGUGCAUUGGCUAUUGUAGAGAAUGCUUCUUUAUUUCUUUAUAUGUAAUCUUAUUGCUCAUCUCUUUUGAUGAAUCCCGGUACAUAAUUCUCUUUUUCCCUAUCUUGGCAUGUGAUACUCUGUACCGAUGGCCUGGUAUCUUGCCUGGGCCCUCCAUUAGACCAGAAGUAGUUGCUAUGUUAAUGUUAAAAAAAAAAAAAGUUAAUAAAUAAAUAAUAAUUAAUUAAUAAUUACUGAAAUGAGUUGUUAGCAUUUCACAAUUUUAAAAUCUUAAUGUAAUUAUUAACAUACUAUUUAACAAAAGUGAUCAGAGGACUAUUAAGUCACAUGCCAGUUAUUGCAUAUAUAUUUUAUACAGCAACAUAAUCUCUGUGCAUGUUAUUAUAUAGUCUGCUUUUUAAUUAUCAUUUUUCUAUAUAUUCAUUUCUAUAUAUUUGCCACUAGAAUUAAGUUUAAUCAGAGUGGGGGUUUUUGUAUGUUGUUUUUUUCCCCCCUCUUUUUUGUUUGAAAUUUAUUUUAUUGUGGUAAGAACAUAACAUGAGAUCUACCCCCUCAACAAAUGUUUAAGUGUAUAAUACAGUAUAAGUACAACAGUGCACAACAGAUCUCUAGAACUUACUCAUCUUGCUUAACUGAAACUUUAUGCCUGUUGAUUAGCCGUAUGUUUGUUCUUUGAUGUGUCCUGAGCAUGCACACCCGUUUUGCCUGGCACAUAGUAGGCACUCAAUAAAUAUUUGUUGAAUGUUGAA